AUGAUAAUUGUUGUAUUUUUUAUAGGAGAUGUUAUUGUUAAUUCUAUUGAUGAACAAUGUACUUUUUUAUUAAUUAAAUAUAAAUACACAUCGAAAGCUAUUUUUCAAUAUGUACCCACCAAUAUAAUCAAUCAAACAGCAUUGAAUAUAACUUCUGAUGUGCACCUAUAUCAAUCGAAACCACCGUAUAAUCAAUCGUUUAUCAAAUUGCAAAAUUUAAUUAUAAAUUCAUUUCAACAUGAUAGUAUUCACACAGAUAUAAAACAACUUGAAAGAGCUAUUCUUCAAUUAUUUAUUGAAACAUCUAACAUAUUACAGAAUUCAACACAUGAUGUUAUCUACUUGAAUGAUUAUUAUAAUAAUUCUAAUUUAUAUCGUCGAAUAAAAACUGUCCGAACCAGUGAUGGUCAAUUUAUUGGAAAUUCAAUUUUUGCUGAUUAUCUUUUCAAUAAAAUCGUUCCACCAACGCGAACAUCAUGUGAAACAAUAAUCAAUGUCCAUGAAAAAUAUCUUGAAAAAAGUGUUUGCUCAUCGACAACUGCUAGUCUUUUAACUGUUCAUAGAGAAAUAAGUUUCGAUAGCAGAAUUGAUAAUAUAAAAUUUAUUCAUAACAACGAAAAUUCAACUUCAGUUGAAUUAAAAAUUAAAACGAAGCAUGAUUUUGAUCUAUUAUUGAAACAUAUUUGUAUUAAACAUGAAUUCAAUUCUCAAUAUCAAUUAAGUCACAUGAUGAAUAAUGUUCUUCACGAUGAAGAUUUAAAUGAAAUUCUUUUCCUAAAUUCAAAUCAAUAUUCACAUUGCGAAUGGACGAUGAUCAAUCAAAGUAUCGUUGAUGUAAGUCGUUAUCAAGCGACAGAAUAUAUUUUUAAAAAUUUCUAUUCCGAUGAAUCAAUAAUUGAACAUCAUCUUGAUUUAAUUGAACGACAAUCCAAUGAUCGAAUAAAAGAAAUUUUAAGAAAAUAUUUUAAAAAUUCUUGUCAAAUAUUAAAUAUGAUUACUCUUCGUAUGUUACUACUAAUUGCACAAGAUGAUCUAACAAUAAAAUGUGUACUAAAUCAAAAUAAUACUUUAAAAUAUCGUACUAUUGCGUUUCGUUCUGUUAUGAAUCCAGAAAAGUUUGAAAAUGAUGUUCGAACUCUAUUAAACAAUGAAGAAGAAUCAAGUGAACUACGUAUUAUUUCGUUUCAAGCAAUAUCUUCAUCUCUUAAUACAUCUGAAAUAAAUAAUCUAAUGGAAAAUGUUAAAUCAAAUCAACUUCGUUUUUAUUUAAAAUCUUUAUCGAAGCAAAGUUCACUGUGGUUAGGAAAUUCUGGUUCAUAUGAAUUUCCAUUUGGAAAAAUGAAUAUUAUAUUCAAUGAACGUUCAACAAUGUUUUUCCCAUAUAUGAUUCAAUUAGAACUAGUAACUAAUGGCAAGCUUGAUAUUUAUUUUGUUCGAGAUGAUGAGAAGAAUAAGAAAUGGGAAAUUUUAUUAAUAUUUGAUGGGAAGACUAUGAUCCGGUUUUCAACUAUGAAGGAUUUUUUUAAAUGGCUGAAUAAUGAUCGAUUAUUUGAAAUGAAAACGCUCGAUGAAUUUUCAUUGAAAAUAGAUCUAAAAAUUGACUUCAAUCUAAAUUGGUUUAUUGGUUAUUUUAAUCAACUCAAUAAUUUUUUCAAAAAAUCAAGUUCUGGUAUUAUUCUAACAGUUCAACAUGGAUUAGGUGAAAUCAAAACCGGCUAUAAAAUGAAUUUUAAUCUUGAAACUAGUUUUAAAAUUAAUAUUCAUCAUCAUGAACAAUUAACUUCUUAUAUUUGGCGUUCGAUGCAAAAGGAAAAUAUUCUUUUUAAAAUCGAACAAACAAUACGUCCAUUAGUAUAUCCCAAACAAAUCGUACUAAAAAAGUCUUCUCCAUCGUCAUCGCCAAUAAAAGAUUUUUGCUAUUUCAUUCCGCAUUUUGAUUCAAAAAUUUGUUUAUCAUUUAUUUUUGAACGUCUAUGGCCUUCAUCCAUUGCAAUUCGAUUACUUUCCGAUGAUCCAUCGCUUGUUUACAAUUUAACUUCAUCGAACGAUUUUAUUCAUUUUAAUAUUCAACAAGAUAAACAACAUAUUAUUCGAUCAUAUCGUCUUAGAAGAAUGUAUAAUGAACAUUCAUGGAUGCCUUAUUAUGUUGAACUUUCUACACCUACAACUAAUUAUACAUCGUUUAUAAAUUGGAAAAAUCAAAGUCUUAUUUCGCUUGAUGUAUUAAAUAAUAAUCAACUGAUUGCCAAUGGUUCAGGUUCAUAUCAAUAUGAUUUAUUAAGACAACUGUCGAUUAAUUUAACAGACACUUAUCCGGAACAUAUUGGAAAUAUUUUCCUUACCUAUGAUGGAAAUUUAACAAUUAAUGCCUUGAAAUUAUUAGGUGGAGAAUUAUUACUACGAAUAGAUCGUUUAUCUAAUUGGAGAAAAGCUCGUAUUGCAAUAGAAGCUGAGAGAGCUUUCUUUUUUUUUAAACAAAAUUUUCUAUUUAAUUUAUAUUAUGAUAUCGAUCAAUUAUCGUUUAAUUUAACAUUGAUAAGAAAUGAAAAUAAUAAAUUACAAUGGGCAUUUCUCAAAGGGAAUUCGCAUAUUCAACAUUUGUUUACCAUCAAUACACUAUUGCUUGAUUUCAAUCAUUAUACUCAGGUCGAAUAUGAAAAUUCUUCAAAUCUUGGUUUUCAAUCUUCAUCCUCGAUCAAUGGUUGGUCCCUUUGGAAUACUAGUUUUCUUAUGAGAGAUUACAAACAAAUUCGAAUUCAAUUCAAUCGCUUUUCAUUGAACUCACAUAUUAAUAAUCGAAGCAUAGAAUUUGAAAUAAAUUCGUUCGAUAAAAAACUUUUACGAACAUCUUUUCACAUGAAUCAAUCAAAUAUCAUCAAUGCUGCAGCGGAAAUACCGGGCCAUUACUAUGAAAGCGAAGGAAAAUUCAUUGCUAAUUAUACGAAUUUUUUCUUAGAUUUUCCAAUUAUUGAAACAAUACUUGAAAAAACGAAAAAAAGCUCUCAUAUUCAUUUUGAACUUCUAUCGUACGACACUCAUUUUAUAUUAAAUCUAACAUCACAUUUUCGUAACGAAUAUUCAUUGAAUUCUCUACAAAAUUUUACAUUCUACAAUCAAACCCUGUAUCAAUCAAAUGUUCAACUAUCAUUAGCAAUGAUAAAAAUGAUUUAUUAUCCAUUAUUUUCAUUGAAUUCACUCAUUCAAUAUCUUCCAAAUUCUCGAAUAAUUCACUUAUGGAAUGGAUCUAUUAGCCUACCAUUAUUGUUCGUUUCUAAACCAUUGCUACUUCAAUAUGAAAGAGAUUCGCAAUUGUUUAUACAACUUUUUGAUUUCGCUAAUUUAACACAAACAUCAGCAAACUAUUAUAUAACAACAAAAUUAGGUCUUCAAUUAUCAAUCAUCAAUGAUUUAUCAACAAAAGUUCAUAUUCAUCUUGAACAAACUUUUAUUGGUAAACGAUAUUUACUACUUUUCGAAAUCGAUCGUAAUUGGUUUUUGUCAUUAACGAUAAAUAAAGAGCUACGCUAUGAAUUUAUUUCAUCGCCGAUUGAUUCAUUGUUUUUAUUAAAACGAAUUGAUUUGAAUACAAACGCAACUCAAAUUUUACCGAUAAAUUAUUAUACCGAUAAUGAAACAUUAAUAAGAAUUGAAAUACUAUUUACAAAAGUAUUUUCAACAUUUAUCAAUGAUUUUAUAUUUGAUAUAUCAUUAAAAAAUCAUAGUUUUACAGUACUAUGUCAUAUGCCAUUAUUUAAACGAGAAUUUUUCUCUUUAAUAUGGAAUCGAUAUUUAGAAAAAGAAUUAUUUCAUUUUCACGGUUUGAUACAAUCGAAAUUUUUACGACGAAGACGCUUUAUUGAUUAUGAAUACAAUUGGAAUUUAGCGUCGGUUCGUUUCUGGACAUUUAAUUCUUCUCUAACACUGUUUUCGUUUGAUCCGAUUGAAUUUAAUUUCAAUAUAACAAAUGACUAUCUAUGGUAUGGAAAAUGGGCCAUUGAUUUUUAUCUUAUGUUAAAUAAUCGUCGGCAAUUAAUUCGAUUCAAUCAUAAAUAUCAUUAUACAACAUUGCGUUCGAAUUUAUUCUUUGAUCUACAUCUUAUUAAUUCACAUUAUGAUUUAGAUUUUAAUUAUUAUCAUUUGAAUCAUUCUAUUCAAGGUGAAUUCAUUAGAAAUAAGGAGAAAUAUCUAAUAGACGGAUACUGGAAUAUAACAGAAAAUAUUCUUCAAUUGAAUACAGAACAUAUGACGUCGAUGUCAACGAUUACAUCGACGUUGAUUAAAUCAAUUAUUGAUAUAAAUCAUCAAAAAAUAGGUGUUUUAUUCGAACUGAGCACCAAUGAUUUUACUAAAGAUACGCAAAUUAUUGAGUGUAAUCCUUAUGUAUGGAUUCAAAUUUGUCCUCGAUUGUUCGUUUUUCAUUACUACGCAUUAAAUGAUGGUCUAUCAACAAUGAUGUUGGAAUGGUCGACACCUUCUUAUUUAUCUUGGAAUUACACGGGCCACGGAAGACGUAUCAUACCUAUCACAAAAUUCGAAAUCGAUAUUCGUACAAAAUACAUACUUCAUUUACAUACAACAACUUACAAAUUCUCUUCAAUAUAUAAUAAUCAAAAACGUCAAUUAACCAUUCGUCGAGAACCCGUCGCCGAGGAUGCCGAUGAUCGUCAUGUAUUCAAAAUGAAAUAUCAUCGUAAUCAGACGUUUUUAAUUCAUCUUCAAGUAAUAAAUAAUCACUAUGAAAUUAUCGGUACUCCUUACAAUGAAAAUUUCCAUUGGAAACUUCAUGGAUAUUUUCAACGCAAUCCAUUUAAUGGUUCAUUAUCGAUUGCUAAUACUGAUUGGUGGUUAUCAUCAAACUUGAAUUUUAAUUCAUCAUUAUAUAUUUCUACAGGACGAUACGUUCAAUUGAUACCAACAUCGGAUCCUCAAAUAGCUUUUGAACUUCUAUUAAAACAUCGUUUUCAUUUUGCUUUUCAAUAUUCUGGUUUACAUUUCAUAAAAGCUUUUAAACUUUUUCAUAAUUCUUCAAAUACAGAUAUAUAUUUUUCAUCACAACCAAUCAACAAAACAAUCUAUGAUAUUGAUUUUAAAUUAAAUAAUUUAAUUAAUCAAAGUUGGCUACUUGAAUUAAAUAAUAAUCGAUUCUUCUUGUAUAACGAUAAUAAUGAAUUUAUAUUUAAUGGUAGCUUGAAAGACUUUUCUUUUGAUCAUUCCAUUAGAAAUAAAAGUAGUAGAUUCUUUAUCAACGAAGAUACAAUCGGCUAUCAAACGAAUGAUUUCGGUAUUAUUAUUUCGAAUCUUUCAACAGAAUCAAACAAAUAUGUACAUUUAUACAAUCGAAAAACCGAAGAAAAUUUAACAAUUAAUUAUUAUAAAUUAGGAAGAUUCUAUCGGGACAAUUCGAAUAUUCAAACACCGAUUUACGACAUAAAUAUGAUCUAUCAAUCAACUGCUAAUGAAAAUCGUUCAAUACAAAUUUUCUUCGAACUUUUACCAUUGCAAAUGUCGUCGUUUAGUUUUGUUCGUGGUCGAACAUUUCGAAUUGGUUAUCAAACAAAACAAAAACAAUUAAUCUUAUCAGGAAAUAUUGCGUUUACGGUUGAAGAUAUUCAUGAAAAAAAAUUCAUAAUAAUACUUAUGAAUGAACGUUGGAAACUAAUUUAUGGUCUAGAAAAACGAGAUCGGCUCUAUAUCAAAUGGAAUUUAAAAUUCGAUGUAAAUAAGAAAACGAUUCAAGGUCGAAUGAGUAUUCAAGAUCCAAAUGAUGACAUGUCCAUACCUGUUUACAGUGAUAUUAAUGGAUAUGUAAAAGAUACGAUGAUGGUAACUUCGAUGCAUACAAUUUAUUCCUCAGCAGAAAAUUCGCCAAAAACAAUUAGUCUUGAGAUAAGUAUUAAUCCAGAUAUUUUAAAGAAACAAUAUAUUUCUCUAAAAUUAAUUCAUGAACCUUCAAAAACAAAUUUAAGUUUAGCAAUCGAUUAUUAUCCACGACGAAAAUUACAUAUUUUAUUAAAGCCUAGUAGCUUUUCAAAUGAAAAAACCGUAGUGCAUUUGUAUGCAAAUACAAGUCAAUCUCAAUUAAAUUUACUUGUAGUACUUGCUAAUCUAAUCAAUUUUAAUUUAACGUUACCUAAAUCCUAUCCGGAAACUGGUUUAUUACAUUCGUCAUUGUUUAUUGACAAUGAAGAAUAUUUUGAUGGGCGUCUCGAAACAGCAACAUUAAAAUUACGUUCAAAGAAAUAUUCUUGUCAUAUUAAAUUGAAUCAACUUCUUUUGAAAAAGCAAUCUUCCGAGCAAAUUCUUGCAUCGAUUUCUACUCGAUGGAUUGAACGUAAUUCUACUACGGCUCUUAUUACACUUUUCAAUGAAAAAAAUGUCAAAAGAAAAUCAAUUCCAGAUUUGCAAUCAGUUCAACAAAAAACUUGGCUUCAACGCUUUGAAAAAUUUCUAUUUGCUAAUAAUUUAACAGUUCAAUUCGCAAAAGAUUCUAAAAAAUUUUUCAAUCACCUUAAAACUGAUUUUAUUGGCGAACAUGGACAAUUUGGUGUACAGCUAAUGAAUUAUCUCGAUUUAGACGAAGAUUUUAAAGUGCAAUUAAAACGAAUUAAUCGCGCAGCAACCAUUCUCGUUAAAGCCCUAUUUCAAAUAGGUUUUGAAAAUGAAGGCUUUUUGCAAGAAUAUUUGAACAAUCUUACCUGUUUAACAAACCAUCGAAAUUUACUACAUCUUGAUAUGCCUCAAUUGGCUACAUCAGCGAUUGAUACUUUCGCAUUUGAAACUGUUUAUUAUGUAAAUAAAACAUCGAGUGUGUUCAAUCAUUUAACUCAUUAUCCACGUUCAAUGAACGCUAUGAUAUCUUAUUUAAGCAACGAAAUUAUUCUCAGUACAUACCAAUUUAUCAAUAAUUUCUAUUUAGAAACAAAGAAAUUCUUUCUUUCAAAAGCUAUAAAAUAUUCAUAUGAAAUGGAACUUCUAAUAAAAAAUUUUCCACUUCUAUCAGAUUCAAUAACAUAUUUUUCAUCAAAUGAUAUUCGUACGAUUAUGUAUGUAUUUAAUCAAAAGUUGCGUCGAUUAUUAUCCUUAUGGAUCGAUUCACCAAUUGAAUAUAAAUUAAUGAAAACAAUGACCAAUCAAUUGAUAGAAUCUAUUGAUAAAAUUCGUUUUUAUAUUGAUGAUAAACUUGAUUUUUUACUUCCUCGAUUGCAAAUCUACACACCUCGAUUACGAUUUAAUCAUACUGAUAAUCAAACAUUUCUAUUAACUUGGUUGAAAAAUUAUAAUUUAACAAGUAUUAUUGAUGAAGGAUGA